UCCGUCCCUUCAAAUCAACACAAGCAGCCAGCCAGCCAGCAAUCAGCCAAAUUUUACGAACGUUCAGCUAAAUAUUUCGAAUUGUCAAUUGUCUUAUCGAGUAGUGAUUAACUAUUCUUACUGCUUCAUCCUAUUUACCAACUCCAAGUUGUAAAAUAGACUCGUCAACUGCCUGAGGUGAAAAUGUCGCACACAAUUUUGCUGAUGCAGCCCGGGCCGAAACCGGAAACUCGAACGUACAGCGACUUCGAAUCUGUGAACGAGUGCAUGGAAGGUGUUUGCAAGAUUUACGAAGAACACUUGAAACGACAGAACCCACACACACCUUCCAUCACCUACGAUAUCUCACAACUCUUUGACUUUAUCGACCAAUUGGCGGAUCUCUCUUGUCUUGUUUAUCAGAAAAGCACAAGCACCUAUGCACCCUACACAAAGGAGUGGAUCAAAGAAAAAAUCUACAUCCUUCUCCGUCGCCAAGCUGCUACUGCUGUCUCAUAAUUAGUUAGUACUGUCUUAUAAAAACAAGUUAUGCUAUAAACCCGAAGCAAGAAAGGCCAUCUCAUCCUACUUUACAUGUAUGUAUACAUUUGCGUCAAGUACAUUAUUAUAAAUAUUAAUUAUUACCAUACCUCCUACGACGUUUCGUUUAUGUGAUCGUAGUAGUAGUAGGAUACAAGCAUUAUCUUUUUUCUGCUAUUGACUUUUGUAAAAACGUUGCUUAUUGUACGUAAAUUAUAAAUUAUAAUAAAGUCGGCAUUUUAUAUUUGUUGAAAAA